AUGGGAUAUAAAGCAAAGCACAAGCAACCUGAUCCUGAACCAUUAGAAAAAAAGCAAAAGAAUGGCCUUUCAAGACGAGCAAAGGCCAAACUUAAUAAGAAAGCUGCUGUAGAGAAAAAGACAAAUAAACGUCAACAUGUCGAUGAACCACCACAGAAAAAUAAAAAAGUAAAGACAACAAAAGCCGUUAAAGAACCUGAAGAAGAUCUUUGGGAUAAUCUUGAAAUUGCUUCUGAUGAUGAUGACGAUGUAAUUGAUGAUGAAUUUGACAUGGACGAGUUCGAAAACUCUAAUGAUGAGGAAAUGAAUGAACAAGUAGAGAAUUCAGAGGAAGAACUUGAAGAGGAGAGUGAAGAGGAAGAAGAGGAACAAAACCUUUUCCCCAAGGCUGAAGGUAAUUUCCUUGGUUCUGAUUCUGAAGAAGGAGAAGAGGAAGAGGAGGAAGAAGAAGAAGAAGAAGAAGAAGAAGAAAAUGAUGAAUUCGACCAAGAUGAAUUUGAUAGUGAUGAUUUAGUUGAAGGUGAGGGCCUUGACGAACGCAAAUCUCGUAUGAUUGAAGCUCGUGCUGCUCGUAUUGCCGCAGAGGCUGAAGCAGAAUUAAAAGAACAAGCUAAUCAAGAAAGUGAACUUGAAGAAGAUGAACGUUAUGCCUUGCCUGAAGGGGAUGAAAAUGAAUUGAUAGCUGAUGUUACAGUGGUUAGUCAACGUAUGAAGGAUAUUGUUCAUGUACUUAACGACUUUAAGCGACUUCGUGAUCCCAAGAGCAGUCGUCAAGAUUACGUAGAUCGUUUAAUUAAAGAUAUUGCAAGUUAUUAUGGUUAUUCAGAAUUCUUGGCUGAGAAACUCUUUCAUCUUUUCCCCGUCUCUGAGGCAAUUGAAUUCUUUGAGGCAAAUGAAGUACCUCGUCCUGUGACGAUUCGUACAAAUACUUUAAAGACACGUCGUCGUGAUCUUGCACAAGCAUUAAUUAAUCGUGGUGUCAAUUUAGAACCUAUUGGUAAAUGGAGUAAAGUGGGACUUCAGGUGUUUGAUUCACAAGUACCCAUUGGUGCUACCCCUGAAUACCUUGCAGGACAUUAUAUGCUUCAAGCUGCUUCUUCUUUCUUACCUGUCAUGGCAUUAGCACCACAACCUAAUGAACGUGUACUCGAUAUGGCCUCUGCACCUGGUGGUAAGACGACGUACAUUGCAGCCUUACAAAAGAAUACAGGUAUGGUGUUUGCCAAUGAUGCCACUAAAGAUCGUUUAAAGAGUUUAAUUGCUAAUAUUCAUCGUUUGGGUGUCAAGAACGCUGUUGUGUGUAAUUAUGAUGGUCGAGAAUUCCCUAAAGUCAUUGGUGGUUUUGAUCGUGUCUUACUUGAUGCACCCUGUUCUGGUACAGGUGUUAUCUCUAAAGAUCCAGGUGUUAAGUUGAAUAAGACUGAAAAAGAUUUCAUUGAUAUCCCAUUCCUUCAAAAGCAACUUAUUUUAUCUGCUAUCGAUUCUGUUGAUGCCAAAUCAAAGACAGGUGGUUAUAUUGUUUAUUCUACAUGUUCAGUAACGGUAGAAGAGAAUGAAGCUGUCGUUAAUUAUGCAUUAUCAAAGCGACCUAAUGUUAAAUUGGUUUCAACUACACUUGAUUUCGGUCGAGAAGGAUUCGUUUCAUACCGCGGAAAGAAUUUCCAUCCUAGUCUUAAAUUAACACGUCGUUUCUAUCCUCAUGUACAUAACAUGGAUGGUUUCUAUGUUGCCAAGUUCAAAAAAUUAGAUAAUAAAUACGAUAAUGUGAAGGACGAUGAUUCCACAAACAAGAAGAAUGAUAAUAAGGAAGAUAAAGAAGAAGAAGCAUCUUUAGCAUUCAACGAAGAAGAAGAUGCUAAAUAUAUUGAAGAAACCAAAUUGAAGCAAAAGAAGAAGAAGGGCUUCAAGAAAUAA